AUGACGAAUCCUACGAUUCAAGCAUCUAAUCUAUUCAAACCAAUCAAAGUGGGCAAUGUCAUCUUGAAACACAGAAUUGCACACUUACCAACAACUAGAAACCGUGCUGAUCCAAUUAACCAUAUUCCUACAAAUUUGCAGAAACAGUAUUAUUCAGAUCGAGCAAAAUCUGGAGGUUUAUUAGUGACAGAAGCCACAAUUGCUACUUUGAAAUUGGGUUUUUAUCCAAACGUGCCUGGAAUUUAUACAGAAAAGCAGGCAAUAGGAUGGAAAGAAAUAGUUGAUGAGGUCCACAAACAAGGCGCCAAAAUUGCUAUACAACUAUGGGGUCUUGGUAGAGUUGCUAGUCCCGCUUUGUUGAAAAAACACAAUCUUGCGUUUGUAGCGCCAAGUGUCGUUUACGAACAUGAAAAGUCGGAAAAGGAAGCAAAAGAAUCGGGCAAUUUGCUUCAAGCUUUGACGUUGGAAGAAAUCAAAGACUUAGUGGAAAACGAAUAUCCCAAUGCUGUUAAAUUGGCACUUGAUGUUGCCGGCUUUGACUUUGUUGAGUUCCAUUUUGCUAAUGGGUACAUUGCAAGCCAAUUCCUUAAUCCAAGUAUAAACAAGAGAACCGACAAGUAUGGAGGUCCAAUUGAAAAUAGAGCAAGAUUCUUAUUUGAUGUGCUUGAUAAUUGUUUCAAGAUUGCCGACCCAAAACAACUUGCAAUUAGAAUAUCACCUGGAAAUGUGUUUCAAGAACCAAUUGUUAGCCCAAAUUAUAAGGAAGAUUAUGAAUAUAUUGCAAAAAAAUUGCAAGAGAGGGCUGAUGCCGGCAAGGAAUUGGCCUUCGUUGAUGUUACAGAUGGCGCUGUAGAUACCGAAACUGUUUCUGAUCGUGCAAAUAUCUCAUACAUUUUAAACAACUGGAAAGGUAUUGUGUUAUUAGGUGGUUCUUACACAUAUGACAAGGAUGACAAUUGGAAACACAUUGUGCAUGAUACAAAUGCUGAUGAAAGAACAUUAGUUGGUUUUGGUAGGUAUUUUAUUGCUAAUCCUGAUUUGCCAGAGAGAAUUAAACAGAAUCAAGAAUUGAAUGAUUACGCUAGAAAUACAUUUUACACUCCUUAUAACUACGGUUAUAACACCUAUCCCUUUUAUGGUGAAAAGGUAGACGCAGAUCCUAAUGCCAAAGUUCUUGGUACCCCUUUGGUCUAA